AUGCCACUAGACGACUCUCGAGCUUGGCUCGAAGCCACUGGGCAAGGAGAAGGAGGGCAUCACCCAAGCUCACGCCUUGCCUCCGGCUGCGUUCGGGUGCUCCAUGAAACCGCAGCUCCUGCUUCCCGAAAGAACCGGACGGUCAUGAGAAUGGCUGACAUUCCCACGAAUGAAACGGAGGAGGGGAAAGCCGCCCGCCCAAGCCGCAGAAACGGCGCACGACGAACUGAUGGCGCGAUGAAUUGGUUCAUUGUUUUGACGUAGCGAGCCGCCGUCGCCGACAUCAAAGCACGGUUCCACGAGCGCUGCCUGGUAAGCGCACUGGCGAGUGAGGAAGGUCAUGUUGAUGGCAGAUACCCAUUCGAUGCACUUUUGCAUUGCUGUGUGUGCAGAAGUGCCACCCCGAUAAGGGCGGCUCUUCGGCGGCGUUCCGAGAGCUGUAUGAGGCCUACAAAGUCGCCUGCGGACACCUGAUUGGCGGCAGUGUGGGAGGGGUAAGCAGCCGAACGAACUCACUGCAUGUGCUGGUCUCAUUGCGUUGUUGUCUGUCUGUCUGUCUGUCUAUCAUCGUCAGGGCCGUCAGAAGGUGUUCGUCACGGAGUUAGAACAGCUUCGCGCGCAGGUAAGUGAUGGACCAAUUGACGAAUGAGGCAGACAGACAGACAGACCGCCGUGCUCAUCAGAUUAAUUGUGCAGAACGAAGAGGCCAAGCGAAAGGCAGCGCCAGCACGAGCCGCGGGGAAGGAGCACUUGGAGAAGCUGCGCGAGAUGUGCGCGAGGGAAGAUGCCGGCGAGGAGCUGGAUAAGACGGCCUGCCUGAAGGAGGCCCAUCGGGCGGACAGGGCGGCAGCAGAGGAGGCCAAACGCACCUUCGACAAGGCCACCGCUGCCGGCACACGAGGCGCCAUACAUACAGCGACAUGUAUGUAUGUGUGGACGCCGUACGUUUAGAGUAUGUGUGGAGAGGCAGCAGCUUCACGUGACUGACGUUUCAGUCGUUUUGGCGCGAAAGUUGUCGGUGUAAUCACGUUCUGUUCUUAGUGCUGCGUAAGUGGGGGGACCCCCUCCCCCGGAUGCUAUGCGUGUGUGCAUACACUUAUCCGUCAAUGGACUCUCUCGGCCAACAGAGAUUCAUCUAGAUGUCAUCGGUC